AUGGGGAAGCUGAGUGGAGAAAGUCAAGCUAGAAGCAGGGAAGCCCACACGGCGACUACUGCGGCACUGGGCGUGAAAGAAGAUGCCAUGAGCCAGAAAGUAGUUCCAGAACUGCUAACCCAUACCACUGCAAAGAAAACCCUUAUAACUAGAGUGUGCCGAUCCAACAAAAGCCCCUGGGUCUGUUUGACUUGUUCAAGUGUCCACUGUGGAAGGUAUGUGAAUGGCCAUGCAAAGAAGCAUUAUGAAGAUGCACAAGUACCCUUAACCAACCAUAAGAAAUCAGAAAAACAAGAUAAAGCUCAGCACACAGUGUGUAUGGAUUGUAGUAGCUACAGUACAUACUGUUAUCGCUGUGAUGAUUUUGUGGUUAAUGACACCAAGCUGGGACUGGUACAGAAAGUCAGAGAACACUUGCAGAACUUGGAAAACUCAGCUUUCACAGCUGACAGACAUAGGAAAAGAAAACUUUUGGAAAACUCAUCACUAAACAGCAAGUUACUAAAAGUAAAUGGAAGCACCACUGCCAUUUGUGCCACAGGCCUUCGGAAUUUGGGGAACACGUGUUUUAUGAAUGCCAUCCUUCAAUCACUCAGUAACAUUGAACAGUUUUGCUGUUAUUUCAAAGAACUGCCUGCUGUGGAGUUAAGGAAUGGGAAGACGGCAGGAAGGCGAACAUACCACACCAGGAGCCAAGGGGAUAACAAUGUGUCUUUGGUGGAAGAGUUUAGAAAGACACUCUGUGCUUUAUGGCAAGGUAGCCAAACUGCAUUUAGCCCAGAGUCCUUAUUUUAUGUUGUUUGGAAGAUUAUGCCAAAUUUUAGGGGCUAUCAGCAGCAGGAUGCCCAUGAAUUCAUGCGCUACCUUUUGGACCACCUGCACUUGGAACUCCAGGGCGGUUUCAAUGGUGUUUCCUGCUCACCAAUUCUGCAGGAGAAUUCUACCCUGUCUGCAAGUAACAAAUGUUGCAUAAAUGGAGCAUCUACAGUUGUCACGGCUAUAUUUGGAGGCAUUCUCCAAAAUGAGGUUAACUGCCUUAUAUGUGGGACAGAAUCUAGAAAGUUUGAUCCAUUCCUAGACCUUUCAUUAGAUAUUCCAAGUCAAUUCAGAAAUAAGCGCUCUAAGAAUCAAGAAAAUGGACCAGUUUGUUCAUUACGAGAUUGUCUUCGCAGUUUUACCGACCUAGAAGAGCUUGAUGAGACAGAGUUAUAUAUGUGCCACAAAUGCAAAAAGAAACAAAAGUCCACUAAAAAGUUUUGGAUUCAAAAACUCCCCAAGGUGCUAUGCUUACAUUUGAAAAGAUUUCAUUGGACAGCAUAUUUAAGAAACAAAGUUGACACAUAUGUAGAGUUUCCACUGAGAGGUCUUGACAUGAAAUGCUACUUACUAGAGCCUGAGAACAGUGGCCCUGAGAACUGCCUGUACGACCUCGCUGCUGUGGUGGUGAGUAUGUCAGCGGGCUGGGUGGGUUCUGGACAUUACACAGCAUAUGCAACUCACGAAGGCCGCUGGUUCCAUUUCAAUGACAGCACUGUGACGCUGACGGAGGAAGACACCGUGGUGAAGGCCAAGGCCUACAUCCUUUUCUACGUGGAGCGCCAGGCCAGAGCUGGGUCGGAUAAACUUUAAUACCUCCUCUAAAUCGUUACUCGUCAACUCUGCCGGACAAACAUUUCCAAUUUUCCGUAAAUACUUGAUCCAAGAUUUAAUUUCAUUAUGCACUUUUCAAUUUCCUAUUUGGGGUUUAGUUUUAUUUUGUCAAUGGUAGUGAACAUGGGCACCAACUAAUUUUUUUUUUUUUAGUUCUACCAGAAAACCUCAGCAGAUAUUUUGAUUUGCUGCUUUAGUGGUAAUAAUUCAGUUUUUAUAUGUAGUUCCAAGAACUUAGUUCUAUUGGACGUUUUUAUAUUAAUGUUUCAGUUCUCACUUUGAGGCACAUUUACAUCAAUGCUUUGUUGCUCUCACAUGCUGACAGUAAGGCAUGUUCCUGACGAGAGCAUUGCGGCUGCCUGCUGCUCUGCACAGCUGCGCUGGAGACCAGGCUGACUCUGAAUCAAGAAUCACGUGCAUGUGUAAUCUGUGGCCCAUGAGAUUUCAGUGACUGCUCAGGAAUCAUUCAUUCUGCUUGUAAAGGUAACAGAGGGCAUCAUGAAGUAGACCAGGUAACUGAUGCUCUUGUAUUUCUCAAGGCUGCUGUUUAUCAGCACGAACUAAAUAACUUUGUUGGUUCAGUGA